AUGUUCGAUAAUACACAAUCUGAAAAUGCCUGUAGUGUCUUCACAUUCGAUAAUGUGGACAAGGCGAUUUGGAAUUUGGAGUACAACACGAUGGCAUCUAAUAAAAGAUUGCACGAUGUUGCCUCUGCUACAACCAUUGAUACAGAAGCUAUCACACCCACUCUGCCUCCAAUGACUGGGCGUACAUACCAAACACCUUCUACGCGCUACAACUGCAUAAAGCCAAUUCAACAGGGAUCCACGUGCAUCGUUUCCAUCGCCGAGGAUGUCAUCGAUAAAACGUUCGUUGCGCUGAAAAAGUCGAGCUGGGCAUACCGCUCACAAAUGAAACACGAAUACAACGUUCUGUCCGCUAUUGGGUUACAUAGGAAUCUGCCGAUAGUGCACGAUUACAUCGAGGAUACAAUGAACAGAGAAGUGAUAAUGGCCAUGGAUUUGUAUGAUGGGGGUGAUAUAGUAGAUCAAAUAGCUUCUGGAAAAGGUGGUAUUGAUGAGCUCCAAUGCAUCCAGCAUGCUUUUGAUUUGACGGAUGUGUUUGCGCAUAUGCACAGUAUGGGUUUUGCACAUCGCGAUAUCAAGGCCGACAAUCUUUGUACUACCAAAGAGGGGACUGUAGUCGUGAUAGAUUUUGGUGAGGCGCAGAGUGUACACGAGCCUAUUGAAUGUUAUAAGAAAGGAACGUUGCCGUAUGUCUCAUGCGAAUUGUUAGAGGCAGACCGUCUUAUACAGCGAGGAUUACACCAGACUGAUCUUCAGGAAGUGGAUUUAUUAGCGAGCGACGUAUGGUCACUAGGAAUAACGAUCUAUGCUAUGCUGACUUCGAAACUUCCAUUCAAAGCAGCCACUUUGGAUGUGCGAGGUUUCGCAGAAUAUAGUAAAGGAGAAGCGGUCCUCGGCCCCAAAGACAUUUGGAGAACCCUGUCGACGAACGCGAAAACUCUCCUGUCAGCGAUGUGUGCGGUAGACCCCGCAGAAAGAUGCACAAUGCAAGAAGCGAAUAAAUUUCUAGGAGAGUGGCUCGCUCUGGUCGAUUCUGCUGCCCUCUGCUAG